UUUCUCCUCUGUCAUGUUUAUAAGAUUCCUGAUUUCUCUCUCUCUCUCUCUCUCUCUCUCUUUCUAGAAUAUAGAUUACCAACUCGAGAAGUAACGGAAAAAAGGAAGAAUUCUCCUCACACUAGUGCUGCCAUCUUCUUCUUCGACGCUAGUACUCCUAAAAUUCAGACGCUCGCGUUUCUUCUUUAAUGGCUGCAGAGUCCAACCCAAGUUCGUCCCACAACCUGAGAAUUAUCGUUGAAAGCAACCCAUCUGAAUCGCGGCUAACCGAGUUGAACAUCAAGUGCUGGCCCAAAUGGGGUUGCUCGCCAGGAAAGUACCAACUGAAGUUUGAUGCAGAAGAAACUUGCUAUUUGUUGAGAGGGAAGGUAAAAGCAUACCCAAAAGGCUCAUCAUCGUCUGUUGUAGAGUUUGGCGCUGGAGACCUUGUUACCAUUCCUAAAGGACUUAGUUGCACUUGGGACGUCUCAGUAGCAGUGGAUAAAUACUACAAAUUCGAAUCAAAUUCCUCAUCAUCAUCCUGAUCUUGAUCUUCUUCUUCUUCUUCUAAUUAGUUAAUGUUCUUAGUACCUUCUUCUUAUCUGUUGUUCAUGGUUCGCCAUAUUCAUUUUUUGAAAAGAAAAGGAAAGAGAAGCAUUUUCAUGAUUUGUCCCUAUCUGUUUAUUUUUAGAGCUUUUCUUUUCUGUUUAGUAUAAAUAUAUAAUAUCUUUGGUCAAAGUUGUGGGAGCACAUUUAGUC